AUGGCUCAAGGACAAAAUGAAGCUGCACCAGCAAAGGAAAGAUAUAUUCCAAAUGGAUUGAAAUUUGCUUUUGGUGGAUUUGCGGGUAUGGCAGCCACAUGUGUUGUCCAACCACUUGAUCUAAUCAAAACCCGUAUGCAGUUAAGUGGUGGUGGUCGAUCAUCCUUCACUGUAGCUGGUGAAAUUGUUGCUCGUGAGGGAUUUGCUUCAUUAUACACUGGACUAUCUGCUGGCCUGCUUAGACAAGCAACUUAUACAACAACACGUCUUGGUGUUUAUAGCUGGCUAUUUGACGCUUAUAGAGAGCGACACGGGGGUGAAGCGCCGGGCUUCGGAAUGAAAACUGCACUAGGUGUUGCAGCAGGUUCUAUUGGUGCCUUCGUAGGAACACCUGCAGAGGUGGCGCUAAUUCGGAUGACAGCUGACGGAAGAUUGCCAGCAGAACAAAGAAGGAAUUAUAAAAAUGUAGUUGACGCUUUGUUGAGAAUAAUUCGCGAAGAAGGCGUGUUGAAGUUAUGGCGUGGUGCGAUGCCCACAGUUGGACGGGCCAUGGUCGUUAAUGCGGCACAACUUAGCACGUACUCACAGGCUAGGGAAAUGUUUGUGGGUUACGUUCCUGCUGGUAUAACGCUGCACUUCUGCGCGUCCAUGGUGUCUGGUCUGGUCACCACCAUCGCUUCGAUGCCCGUGGAUAUUAUUAAGACCAGAAUACAAAACGCGGCCAAAGGUCAAAGUCAAAUGUCAGUAGUGUCAAAUCUCCUCAAAAACGAAGGGGUGCUGUCACUGUGGAAAGGAUUCGUGCCCUACUACGCCCGAUUGGGUCCACACACCGUGCUCACUUUCAUCUUCCUAGAACAACUCAACGCUGCUUACUUUAAGUAUACGUAA